AUGAUGCCGUCCAUAAAACGACAAGCUUCUGACAGCUUCAGCCAGCCACAAGCACUGGUAAAGAGGCAAAAGUCCAGUUCAGAUCUGAACGACAAACAGGCCCUGACUGUUGGCGCGAAAGAUCAAAAUGGCACUCUCGUUCCCUCCGCUCUUCGCACCAGCGCGUUGGCGGCUCCCAUCAUGGAACUGGCAGGUCACUCAGGGGAGGUUUUCGCGACCAGAUUCGAUCCCACGGGUCAACAUAUUGCCUCAGGGUCCAUGGACCGCUCAAUAAUGCUUUGGAAUACAUAUGGGGGUUGCGAAAACUACGGAAUCAUGACUGGCCACAAAGGCGCUGUGUUGGAUUUGCAAUGGUCCCGCGAUUCGAGAACGAUAUAUUCCGCUUCUGCCGACAUGACUAUCGCGAGCUGGGAUCUCGAAACAGGCCUGAGGAUACGUAAGCACGUCGGUCAUGAGGAAGUCAUAAACUGCUUGGACUUGAGUAGACGUGGUCAAGACCUCCUACUCAGCGGCAGCGAUGAUGGCUGCAUCGGGAUAUGGGAUCCUCGCCAGAAAGCGGCGGUCGACUACAUCGAAACAGACUUCCCCAUUACAGCGGUGGCUAUGGCCGAGCAGGGCCAUGAGAUCUACUCGGGUGGUAUUGACAACGACAUCAAAGUUUGGGAUGCCCGCAAAAUGGAGGUUACCUACACCCUGACUGGGCACCAAGACACGAUCACCUCGUUGGAAGUGUCACCCGACUCGCAAACAUUACUUUCAAAUUCUCAUGACUCUACGGUGCGGACAUGGGAUAUUAGGCCAUUCGCUCCGGUCGAUCGGGCGGUGCAGACUUAUGAUGGAGCUCCUUCAGGCUUUGAAAAGAACCUGAUACGAGCAAGCUGGAGUCCAAUAGGGGACAAAAUCUGUGCUGGGGCAGGUGAUCGGACGGUAGUGAUCUGGGACACCGGAUCCGCGAAAUUACUCUAUAAGCUCCCAGGGCAUAAAGGAACGGUCAACGACGUACGGUUCUCGCCCACCGAAGCACCAAUCAUCGUUUCCGGCUCGACGGAUCGCAACCUCAUUCUUGCGCCAUGA